AUAGAGGUGUUAGUAUAUUAUAAGUUAUAUUAGUUUAGAUGUAAUGUGUGUGCGUGCGUGUGUGUGUAUAGGAGGGCAGCGGUAGUCAGUCGCCUCUGGCCCUGCUGGCGGCCACCUGCAGCCGCCUCGGCGCCGCCACCAUGGGGCCCGACCACCAGACCUCCGACAAGGAACAACAACACUACAGUCCCCAACAACAGCAAGCUCAGCAGCAGGCGCAGCAGCAGCAGGCGCAGCAGCAGGCACAGCAGCAGGCACAGCAGCAGGCACAGCAGCAGGCACAGCAGCAGGCGCAGCAGCAGGCGCAGCAGCAGGCGGUGCAGCAGGCGGUGGCUGCGCACGCGGCGCAGCAGCAGCAGCACGCGGCCCUGCUGCAGCAGGCGCAGCAGCAGGCGCAGCAGCAGCAGCAGCAGCAGCAGGCCGCGGGCGAGGGCGCGCUGGCCGCCAUCCAGCAGCAGUACCUGCAGCAGCAGCAGCCGCAGCUGCGCGUCAUCUCCUCCGCCGUGGUGCAGCAGCUGCGCGCGCAGGGGCUCUCGGGGAACGAGCUGUCGGCGGCGAUCGUGAGCGCGGCCAGCGCGGUGCCCGGCGGCGUGCACGUGCAGCAGCCGCAGGUGUCGUAUCGUAGGUAUCUAUUUUUCAAAAUCGGGGGUCGUCUCGACGGCGAUCGCGAGGUUGAACCCGGGGCCGACCCGCAGGUGGUGUCGCUGCAGCAGCUGCAGGCGCUGCUGGGCGGGCAGGAGUACCAGGCGCCGCUGCUGCAGCUGGCGCCGCAGGUGGUGGCGCAGCAGCAGGCGGUGUACGGCGGCGGCGUGGGCGGCGUGGGCGGCGGCGUGGGCGGCGUGGGCGGCGUGGGCGGGGUGGGCGUGCAGGCGGUCACGGUGGACGGGCAGGAGGCGCUGUUCAUCCCCGCGUCCGCGCACGCCGCGCCCGCCAUGCAGCACCACGCGCAGGUACCCACGACUGUCGGAUGUAACACCCGCGUCACGGCGUGGGCGUGGGCGUGGGCGUGGGGGGGGCUGGGCCCGCUGCAGCUGCUCAACGGCCAGCUGGUGCGCGCGCCGCUGCUGCCCGCCGGCUUCCUGCAGAACGUCAUGCAGCUGCCGCAAGAGCAGCAGGCGACGCUGACGCUGCCGGGCACUAACCUCUCCAUCCCCAUAACCGCGCUGGCGGGCGCCGGGCCGGUGGUGUCGCUGCCGCUGCAGCUGCAGGCCGCCCCCGCCCCCGCCCCCGCCCCCGCCGCCCCCGCGCGCCCGCGCCCGCGCCCCCGACGCCAAGAGGGAGCCGCCGUCGCCCCCGAGCCCGGCCGCGGCAGGAGGUUUACUGGGCGAGUUGAUCUGAAGCGGUAG